AUGUUUCAUCAACUUUGGGCUUCUAUUUUAUCGUUAUGGGAAUUUAUAUUGAUUGUUUUGACAACACUACCACGUGAUUUAGGUGGUUUGUAUAAACUUUUGAAACAUACUGUGAUAAUUAGAUAUCACAUGUUUCGACGACGAGAUUUCAUUCAAGUAUUCCGUAAAAAUGUAAAACUCCAUGGAUCGAAACCAUGCUUUAUUUUUGAAGAUAAAUCUCUUUCAUUUCAACAGGUGGAAGAUUUAACAAAUCAAUUAGGAAACUUUUUCUCAGCUGAAGGUUUCUCACGUGGUGAUGUCAUUGCACUUAUACUUGAAAAUUCACUUGAAUAUCCAUGUGUCUGGGUUGGUUUAAGUAAAAUUGGCUGUAUUACUGCUUUAAUUAAUACAAAUUUACGUGGCAAACCACUGUUACAUUCCAUUCAAACCGUAAAAGCUAUCAGCAUUAUUACAUCGAAACAAAUUCUUUCAGAAAUUGGAUCUGAAUUAAAAGAAUUAAACAUUAAAAAAAUUUAUUUAUUUGAUCCAAAAUCUACAUCGACAAACAAAAUGAGUAAUGGCAUUGAAUCAGUAUCAUCUUCUGUCGAAACAGUUCAGUUAUAUGAAAAAUUUGAAAUAUGUUCAGUACAACCUCCUAAACCUAUUCCAUACGAUUUAAAACAUCCAGUUUUCUAUAUAUUCACGUCGGGCACAACUGGAUUACCUAAAGCAGCAGUCAUUAAGCAUUCAAGGUUUUUCCUUGGAGCAUAUGGCUUUAUCUGUGCCACUAAUAUCAAACCAGACGAUAUAAUGUACAAUACUCUUCCACUGUAUCAUUCACUUGGGGGUUGGGUUUGCGUCACUUAUAGUCUCUUAGGUGGUUGUACAACAGUGUUGCGUAAAAAAUUUUCAGCUACGAAUUUUUGGAAAGACUGUAUUAAAUAUAAAUGCACGGGUUUUUCAUAUGUCGGUGAAUUAUGUCGAUUUUUACUGGCUCAACCACUAAGUGACAAUGACCGAAAGCAUUCUAUACGUUUUUGCGCUGGUAAUGGCCUUCGACAAAAUAUAUGGACACCAUUUGUUGAAAGAUUUAAUAUAAGUCAGAUUUAUGAAUUUUAUGCUGCUACUGAAAGCAAUGCUUAUUUUUUUAAUCUGGACUCUCAUCCAGGUGCUUGCGGAUUUUAUUCUGUAGCUUUUCCUAGUUUACUUGGUUCUAUUCUUGUUAAAUUCGAUCCCGAUACAAUGGAACCAUUACGUGAUGAAAAAACGAAACUAUGCAUUCGAUGUAAACCAGGUGAACGUGGAUUAUUAUUAGGAAUGAUCAAAACAACCUUAAUGAAUGCAUUUGAUGGUUAUGUUAACAAUCCAUCUGGAACGAAUCGUAAAAUCGUUGAGAAUAUUUAUAAAAUUGGCGAUAAAGCUUUUAAUACAGGCGAUGUCAUAUGUGCUGAUAAAUAUGGAUAUUUCUAUUUUUGUGAUCGAACAGGUGAUACAUUUCGUUGGAAAAGUGAAAAUGUUUCUACAGUUGAAGUAGAAAAUAUUCUUACGAGUAUUUUAAAAAAGAAUGAUAUUGUAGUUUUUGGAGUGGCAAUACCAGGAUUUGAUGGUAAAGCAGGAAUGGCUGUUAUGCUUGAUGAUCCAUCAAUAACAACUGAAUUGAUAAAACUAGUACAAGAAUUAAAAACUCAGGGAUUACCUUCGUAUGCUCGACCAUGUUUUAUUCGUUUGACAAAACGUAUCGAGUUAACAGGUACAUUUAAAGUAAAGAAGACAGCUUUUCAAGACGAAGCAUAUGAUCUAAAUCGUGUAACUGACCCAAUCUAUUAUUUGAAUCAACACAAACAGACUUAUCAACGCUUAACACCUGAAAUUUAUGAAUUAAUACUUCAAGAAGAAAUUAAAUUUUAA